AUGAACGACCGCUACAUCUCCAUCUCGGCCGGCGAAGAGUUCAGCGACAAGCGCAACUUCACGGUCGACUUCUUCGGCCACAGGAUCAUCACCACCGUCACUUCCACUCCCGCCGUGGCUCGCGAGUGGCUCUAUGGAUUGCUCCGGUUCCACCGCCCUCGUCGCUACAAGCUCGUGGUCGGGCUCGGCGUUCAGUGGCGCCCUCCGUACGCGAACACCGCCGCGACUCUCCAGCUCUGCAUCGGCACCCGAUGCCUGAUCUUCCAGCUGCUCCACGCCGACUUCGCACCGCGCAUUCUCGAGCGCGUUCUUGCCGACCCUACCAUCACUUUCGUCGGGGUUUGGAACCAGAACGACGCGCGGCUGUUGCAGAGCUCUCAGCACCAGCUUCAAGUGGCUAAGCUUCUUGAUCUGCGUUCCAUCGCUGCUGCAUCCAGGGGACUCAGCACGACUUCGUCCAUGGAGGCUUUGGCAGAUGGGGUUUUGGGCUAUCCUGGGGUUCAUAAGCCGAAUUGGGUUGGUACCAGUGAUUGGAAUGCUUAUCGCCUCUCUGAUGCCCAGGUUCAGUAUGCUUGUGUGGAUGCUUUUGUGAGUUUCUCUCUGGGUAAGGAAUUGGAGGCAUGGAACUGGAACUGA